CUGAAUAAAGAGGAUCCUACAGGACACGGAGUGGGUGAAGUCAGAUACCUCCGAUUCACCUCUCGGACAGCAGCCACACCAGCGCGGUAGGUUGCAACGGCAAUCAAUCAUGCUACAUAUCAAAAUCAUUGCUGCUGUGCCUGGAAAACACUCAAUGAGUUAAAAGAGCCUUCUUCUCCUCAUGCCACGGAAACACCAAACGAAAAGCUUCAAGCAGAACCGCUCAACGGGGCUGAUUGAGAUCCUUUCACUGCCAUGCCUUCUCACCACCAUCCGCUUUUCGAAAAAGUGUCUCUAGCGCUCCAAACAAAACACCACCUGACGGUCGACGGUCGCUGGCUCGAGGAAUUCCUGGCGACCCGUGGAGCGAAUCCUCCUCCUCUACCAGCACUUGUAUCCACAGCGCAAUUUCGUAUCCUGGCAAGUGACAUUACCACCUCUCUCUCCGCUUCUUCUCCUGAACAAGACGGUCUACUGCUGCCCGCUGAUGUAGCCGACGUGAACGUCAAGUCGCGUCAACUUUCCGGCACUGUCAUCGUCCAAGUCCUGGACGUCUUGGACGUGGGUUCUAGCAAAUGGAGUCAGGUCGAAGCCAUCGAACGUGUCGAACGCGGCGAGGAGGUUCGUGGGAGAGAAGUCAUCCGUACGAUUGACAUUAUGGAGGAGGAGGGGAACAACGACGGAUCUGGUGGUGUCACCCUCACUAGACCUCCCCCGACUAUCACUACUGCUACUACUACGACAAAUCCCACUACCAGCGCCGCGAUGACUUCGUCGUUCGCAUCUGCCAGAAAAAUCAGCGUUGGACCACAUAAACUCAUCAUUCAAGAUGCCCGAGGUACAAAAGCUGUGGCCUUUGAACUUGACAGAAUUCCCAAAAUCGGAAUUUCCGUCUCGGCAUUGGUACCUUUUUUACCCGGCCCGCAAGGCGAUUCGAGACCUUCAAGUCAAGAAGACUUCGGCAUGUUUAUUGGUUGCAAGCUCCUCCUGAAGCCCGGAACCAUGGUUCGCAGAGGCAUGGUCAUGCUGCAACCUCAAAAUUGUGUCGUGCUCGGUGGCAAAGUCGAAGCUUGGGACAAGAAAUGGAAAGAAACACGAAAGCAAAAGUUGAAUGAUCUAAUUCGGGAGGAAUUUGAUGCUUCGUGAAAUGGCACGAGGACUUCGAGGUGAUUGUGCGCCCGUCAUGUCAGUAAAGAUUGAAACUGCGUAAACUAUGGUUGAUGUCGACAAUCUCCUAACAUCAACAUGCCAAGCUCGACUCAGGUCUAAACAACCGAUCGCAGGAGUUACAAUCACCACAUCGCUUCAUCGUCCUUUGCACCGUCACCGCUAUGACUCUCUCCCAUAGUCAAACUCCAUACAUUCCAUCUUAAUCGCUCGAU